AUGUUACAAUAUACUACUGUAAGUUAUGGCAGGAGUGACCAAAAAAAAAAUUUUCGAACACCUUUUGCGAAAAUAUUGUGCUGUAGAAAUCAAAGCAACAAAAUGCUCACCUUCUUGAGAAGUGCAAUUCGUCGAUCGCUCAAAACACAUCCUAUACUUACACAUACAGCUGUGUAUGCGACAUUUUAUGCAGCGGCCGAUAUAUCACAGAAGACCUUUAAGAGACUACAAUAUGUCGAUAACGCCCAAAAACCCGAAUACAAGUUAAUAGAGACCGCAAAAUUGGCCGCUGUAGGCAGCAGUAUUUAUGCGCCUACGCUUUUUUAUUGGUAUGUAUAUUAA